AUGGUGCCUUUGACCAAGAGUCUGUUUUCCCUGUCUGGUCGGAGCAUUUGUCAAAUUGUAACGAGACAAGCUCACCGCAAAACUGGUCCUGACUUUCAUGACAAGUAUGGAAAUGCUAUCUUUGUGGGUGGAUUAGCAUUCUGUGUUGCAGUCUGGAGUUAUGUUGCGACACAGACUGGACUCACAUGGAAUGUGUCUCCUAUUUGCAAGAUCACCCCUCAAAAUUGGAGGGAAGACUGGAAGAAUGGACCAAGUGUUUGCAAGAAAUUGAAUCUUCUGUCACCAGGGAAUAGAAAGAGCUUGGUUGAAACCUGCAUGAGUACAUGA